CUGCAUUGCCAAGGGUAUCUCAGCAAAGACCUCCUGGGGUCUUUCCUGCCCUCCAACUACAGCAGGCCUGUGCCUUCCUUGGCCUUAAGGAAGGGCAGAGCUAUCCCUAGGCUGGUGGGUGAUGUAUGACUGAAGUCUCAGUGCUGGCAGUGGGAACAAUGGUCCCUUGUCAUUUUCCCUGUAAGCCAAAGAUAGGAGUUGCAUUGAUCCUGCUGGCAUCCAAAGCAGCUGGGAACAUCCGCCAAGCCUGCCUGGGUCUCUGCAGAUAAACAGCACGUGGGGAGUGGGGCGGGUGGCUGGGCAGUUUGGCUUCUUGCUGCCCCAUUAGGCUCCUUUUCUUCUUCUCCCCUUCCCCCUCCUCCUCAGCAAUGUGUUCAAAUCCCUCAGACAGCUACUGGGCACCACUGAAGGGACCAGCCCAGGAGUGGGACAAUAAAAUCCCUGACACCACUGUUCAAGAGGCCUGAGGGGGGGGAAGAUCAGGCCAGCUGCACGGGUAUAAAGCUGUCCUGCGCUCCCAGCACAGCACUGCAGCACAGUUGUUUGCCAGCCACCUCCAGCGCACUCCAAUGGAUAUCACCAUUCAUAACCCCCUGAUCCGCAGACCCUUCUUGUCUUGGUUGGCGCCGAGUCGUAUCUUUGACCAGAUAUUCGGAGAGCACCUGCAGGAAUCAGAGCUACUCCCUGCUUCCCCCAGCCUCAGUCCCUUCUUGAUGAGAUCCCCCAUUCUUCGGAUGCCCAGUUGGCUAGAAGCAGGACUCUCUGAGAUGCGACUGGAGAAGGACAAAUUUUCUGUAAAUCUUGAUGUGAAACAUUUCUCCCCUGAAGAGCUAAAAGUGAAGGUGCAGGGGGACAUGAUAGAAAUUCACGGGAAGCAUGAGGAGCGCCAGGAUGAGCAUGGCUUUAUUGCCAGGGAGUUCAGCAGGAAAUACAGGAUUCCAGAUGAUGUGGACCCUCUGACCAUAACUUCAUCACUCUCUCUGGAUGGUGUCCUGACUGUGAGCGCACCAAGGAAACAAAGUGAUGCCCCAGAGCGCACUAUCCCCAUCACCCGUGAAGAGAAGCCUGCCAUUGCAGGAGCCCAAAGGAAGUAGGCUGCUCUUCCAAGUCACACUGAGGGGGCCAUUUGAGAGUACUUUUCAUCAGAUACCAGCUAUGCUGAAUGGCUACUCUUAUUUAUGCUGAGAAAGUUUACUAACAAAUAAAAUAUGAAUAAGCA